AUCAUUCAGCGACGACGCUCUCCAAUGUUUGUCAACACAACCCGUCGCGAAAGAAAAAUAAAAUUUUGCAACAGCUGUUCCGUCGAUUUGGACUGAAAUCAGUUUUGGAUUAGAAAAUUCUUUUGAUUGGAACUACAUUUCAGGAUAUUUUUAACAUUUUCUGACUGGUGCAAGUUCAAUUUAAUGGAUUUAGACGCUGAACAUUCGAUGCCGAAACAUUCCGACGAUUCCAGGACAGUUUGCCGAUUGUGUUCAAGUCGCGAAGAGCUGCUUGAAGAUGCAUUCGAUCAGAUGGGACUUCGCCAGUGGAUUUCCGAUUAUCUUUCGAUUGAGGUUAAUCAAGACGAUGGUUUGAGCCAGAUCAUUUGUACUAGAUGCCUUACACAGCUGAAAGAGUUUCGUGAGUUUCAGCAGCGCUGUAUAGGGGUUCAAAAUGUACUGCUAAACGGAACUGUUAAAUCGGAGCCAGAAUCGUCUGACGGAACCGAUGAAAAAGUCUGCAGAUUUUGUCUGAGUAAGAAAUGCGUCGAUGAAACAUUCCAUCAAGGAGAUUUACCACGCUGGAUUUCGGAUUAUCUUUCAAUCGUGAUAUUAGAUCAAGACUGCAAGAGUAGAUUUUGCUGUACCGUUUGUAAGAUUCAACUGGAAGACUUCCGUAACUUUCAGCUUCGCUGUUUGGAAGUUCAAAACGAACUACUGAAUGGAAAGCCCACAUCUGUGAAAAACGAACCCGCAAAAGACAUCGGUAUGGACUCAGAAACUUCUUCGAUCUCAGAAGCGAUAACUGAAGGCGAGCCAUCGAUCGAGUGCAAAGUGUGUCAUAAAGUGAUAAAGGGCACGAAGAACCUUAAGGAUAGCCUGAGAUACCACAUGGUUAUACACGGGCCGAAGAAGCACGCGUGCACCGUCUGCAGCAAAGCAUUUGCAAAAAGUUCCGGUUUGAAAGACCACAUGAAAACUCACUUCAAAGAUGACAAUGAUAACCAAGCUGUCGAGUGUGAAGUUUGCCACAAGAUUUUCAAAAACAUAAACACUCUACGAGUACAUAGAGCAUCUCACGGACCGCGGAAACAUGUUUGUCCUACUUGUAACAAAGCAUUCGCUGUUCGUCAGAAUUAUAGAAACCAUAUGGACACCCACCAUAGCUCAGUUCCACUCGAUGGAAUAGAGCAGCAUUCGGAUCAUCCAUUCAAGUGUGAUAUAUGCUUUAAAAUACUGAAAAACAAAAUAUCCCUUCGACAGCACAAGAAAACCCAUCUCCCAAAAAAGAAAGUUUGUUCGAUUUGUAGUGCUGCAUUUGCUAAGAAUCGCGAUUUGGAAGAUCACAUGGCAAUGCACAAUGUCUCUAACGGAUCGGAAAACGGACAAAGCCCAAGCGAUAAUCCAUUCAAAUGUGAAAUAUGCCACAAGACUUACCAAAAGCUUAACAGUCUUCGGCAGCAUAUUAAGAUUCAUGGACAAGAGAAGCAUGUGUGUACUCUGUGUAACAAAGAGUUUGCUGAACGUCGUAGGUUAAGCCAGCAUUUACAAACUCACAAUAAGUUCACUCAAUACGAAGAGGUGGGAGAAGCAGAUCUGGAGGAAUUCCUCUGCGGCGAACCAUUCCAAUGUGCAUUAUGCCCCAAAAUGUACCAUUUCGAAAAGGAUCUGUCGAAACAUACGCGUAACGUUCAUAAAUCUAGAACGCUACCUUGCAAGAGCAGCACCGAUCAAUCUGCGUUAGGAUCAGAUGUGGACCAGAAAAGUGGACAACUCGAAGCCACACAUGCACCGUUGCAUUUGCUGGACGAUGCAGAUGACGAGGACACACAUCCCUUCAAGUGCACCGUAUGCCAAAAGGCUUUCAGAAGCAAAGAUCAGCUGCUGGACCACGCGAGAAAAGUUCGUGCUAAAAUGAAUUAUCAAUGUACCAUUUGUAGAAAACGGUUUGCUACGCGCAAUCUGCUCUAUCAGCACACCAAAGAAGCCAUCCACGCCGAAGGAAAAACACUGGACAACGAAAAUGGCGCGCAAAAACUAAUGGAAACAUACGAUGCGUUUGAGGCAGGUGAGAUCAAAGUUGAGGUCCAGUCGUCAGAUGAUGAUGAGUAAAAAAUAUAUCUUCGUAUCAAAUGAUCUUUGUUGAAGUAGGGUCGAUGUACUAAUAGCCGCAUAGCUAAGAACAAAUAUUCGUAUAAAAUUGAAAAAUAAAGCCAGCGGCAUAAUUUUAACAUUA